AUGAGCGUCGGCCCUUCGCCUGAGCCAUCACUCCUUCUGGCCAGGCACGAGAACGCUCAUCGCGAGCAUGCCCUUCAGCUUCAACACAGUCACCAGCACCAGCACCAGCAGCAUCACAAACAACACAACCUCCGGCACCAGCAUCAACACCAAGUAAUACACAAUGCGCAAAAGCGAGAGCCCCAAGCCGGUGCCGAUUCCGCGCCCCCCUCCGUGGUGACCGCCGUGGUGACCGUCUCCUACCUGCAGCAGAUCAAUGUUGAUCCCCAGGGCAAUACCUACACCAUCGAAACGCUCCUACCGACCUCUCCCUCGCCGAUAAUCAUAACCACCUCUGCCGCUUCCGCCGCCUUAGAUUCGGCUCCAGCAGCAUCCUCAACGCCUCCCACUGCUCCGUCCACUGAUGCUCCUGCCGUUACUCCACAGUCUUUACUUCCUAGUCCACGCAUAUCUUCGUCUUUGACGUCCGCUCCUUCGAUACCCACCAAUUUCGCGUCGCUCAUUGUCAAUUCUAAUUCAACCACAUCACCCUUAAUUUCAGGUGCCAGCAACACUACUGCUACCUUUUUAAACUCGACCGUCUCCUCAACAUCCUUCGCGUACCUUGCCUCGUCAAGUUUAACUUCUGCUGAAAGGUCUUUUACCUCCUCCUCCUCGACUCCCUCCUCCCUCAGCUCGUCGUCUGGAAACCCCACCUCCACAGGCCUUGGUGGAUAUAUCGGUGGGGCAUCAGGCGUGGCUCCGGGUGGCGGCCCCUCGAGCACGGCGGCUUCUGGAAAUGAUUCUAGUUCUGAUUCCGGAUCGGCCCCAUCCACACCCGUUGUUGUUGGGAGUGUAGUAGGCAGUGUUGCCGGGCUGGCCUUGAUUAUCUUCUUCGUUCUGUUUCUGGCUAGAUGGCGGAAACAGAGGAGCAUGCUGUCCUUGGGUAGUGGGAAUGAACCCGCCGACUCUGCCGCACCACGGGAUGGGCCUUCAGGGCCCUAUGGUGGCAUGGCACAGCGACGGUCGACUGCCUUUGCCGUCCCAGCUGCUUUGGCUAGCCUCACUGGAUACAACAAACGGUCGUCCCAAAAAACCGAACGCACGUUAUCGUCAACUGCCGGCAGCGAAAGAGGGUUCUACCGCGUUUCUGGGAGGAAACUGCCGUCAGUAUUGCACAGCGGCGGCGAUGGCUACGGCGGCGGCCUACAUGAAGUCAAUACCUUGAGCGGAUCAUCGUUCUACCAUGACUCGACCGGCUUCUAUGGCGGAUCUGGGCCGGGCCCCUCUACGAGUAGCCCUCUGGCAUCGCCCGUUGAAGUGACCAUGGACCGUGAUAGCGGGGUGCCUGUUAUGCGACCAAGUCCCGCCCGAACGCCCGUCACCGAACAUGGGCCUUUUUUGUCGACAGCCACGCCGCCACCCCCAAGACGACCUGACCUACUCGGUCGUUCCCAUCCAUCCCAGGAUGGAUCACACGGGUCGAGGUUUACUGAAGAGGUCUGA